AUGUUGGGGGAACUAAUGCUUCUUUUUAGGAAUCUCCAUGGGACACUUGCUUCCUCGGGCACCAUAGGAGCAUUGGUGGCUUGGCUGAUCAGCUAUAAGCCAGCCUUGUUUGGGUUCCUAUUCCUUCUGCUGUUGCUUAGCAACUGGUUGGUCAAGCAUGAAGUCCAGCCCACCCCCCUAGAGCCCCAGCAGGACAAGGUCCUGGAACGGCUUAUGUUCAGCGAAAUGAAGCUGAAGGUCUUAGAAAAUCAGAUGUUCGCUGUAUGGAAUAGAAUGAAUCGCCACAGGAGGUCAAGCCGGCAGCAGACUUUUCCCAUGAGGAAACACAGACUGAGGAGGCACGACUCAAUUUUCUCCAUCAUCUCUGAUUGUACUUCGAAUUCCCCUUAA